AUGGUUGGUACAUCGCACACCCCUGGUAAACCCGGUGAUUUAAUCUGCUUGUGUAUUGGUGGCCGUCUUUUUGUUACUAGGAGAGCGACACUUUAUCGUUUACCAGAUAGUCGAUUGUAUUUAAUCGCUACUCAAGGAGCAAGCAAUCAAGAACCUAGUGUCAAUUGUACUAAUCAGGCACAUCCAAGCGAUGAUUUCAUCAAACCAAUGAAUGACAGUUCUGGAUUAAGUUCUAAUUAUUUAUCAGCAUCGCAAGCGUCUGGUAGAGUAAUGGGAAAUGGACCGAAUGAAGGUGCUUUAAUUGGUGGUGCAUCUAUUCUACCGGAUAAUAUAGCAUCUAUGCUUGCAGGAAAUAUGAAUUUGCAAUCAGCUUCUUCAAUAUGUAGAAAUAGAGGAUCCGGAUUUACAAACCUUUCAUCAAAUCCUUCUCAUGGAAUCGAAUUGAGUCGACCAAUUAAUGCACCUGUUUCUCCAGCAUCAUGUAGUCAAUUUCCUUCACUGCCCACCCCUGUUGUAGCUACACCUCCAACUGUUUACUUUUAUGACAGAGAUCCAGAAAUAUUUCGUUUUGUGCUCGAUUAUUAUAGAACAGGUGAACUUCACUUACCUUCAAGUAUUUGUGGUCCAUUUGUGCGUAAAGAGUUAAUAUUCUGGGGGAUUGAUGAAGCUUUGAUCGGUCCUUGUUGCAUGCCUGCAUACAUGCGUUAUGAUGAAGAGAAACGAACAAAGAACACCUUGUUUCGUGAUUGUUUUGAAGAUAUUGACUCUAUGCAAAAUCUUGUAAAAUUUUCAAGAGGUUGGAAGAAAUGGAGAUAUCGAAUGUGGUUGUUUAUGGAUCAUCCAACUUCUUCUCUAGCAGCUAAGAUAUGGGCAUCCGUUCUACUUGUUUUAAUGAUCGCUUCUAUGAUGUGCUACUGUUUGUCUACACAUGAAGUCUUCCGAACACGAUCUACAGUUAUCACAUCGAACACAGAUUUACAGUCUAUCAUCUCAUCCACACCUACAUCCCAUAAUGGACACAAUGAUUACGUAGUGCAGGUAUCACCCACAAAUCGACUACCAUAUCAUACAAAUUCACCUACACCUGCUUCGGUUAUUACAAGUACAAAUAUACAAGUAAAUACAACUGUUAACAAUCCUAUAUCUAUAUGUUAUGAUUCAUUAUGGCAUCCAAACCCUAAAAUACAAAAAGACUGUUCCACUGAACCUUCAGAAGGUCUUGUUUUCUUUGAUAUCUCGUUAAAUUGCUUAUUCACUCUUGAAUUUCUGCUCAAAGUUCUACUUGCGCCAGAUAAACCAAAAUUUCUUUCAUCUAUUGUAUCAAUAUUUGAUAUGGUGAUAUUAAUUAGUUAUUGGGUGUAUAUGUCAUUAUUCUAUUAUUAUUACUAUUAUCCAAAAAACUCAAUGACAGAUAGUGUACAAUUAAAAAAUUGA